AAUAAUCACAUUGUCCUCGUCGUCGUCCUAUCUUCUCACCCCCUCCUCAUUCCCCAGCGAGCAACCCUAAUCCGUGACCGUGGACUCGCCGCAAGGUCCAUCGCGCGGAUAGAUCGGGGAUUCAGUCGAGGCUACGCGGGAAUUGGUCGCGCUCGGGAUCUCAGCCCCCCGAACUUGAAAUCUUGCUAUUGCUGUCGUGGUUCAGGUGAUGAGAUCUUGGGGUGCGCGCCUCGCUCGGUCCUAAGAUGCUGGCGGGCUACGGCGGUGGUGGCCGCGGCGUCCAUUUCUCCUCCCACAAGGACCUCCUCCUCGCCCGCGGCAGCCGGAGCUUCCUCUUCGGCAACACGUGGUUUCUCCUCUCCACCUACCCGGCGCGCCUCCUGCACACCACGGACCGCCGCGCGCCUGCCGCUUUCUUUGCCGCCAUCAACCGGGCCCCCGGCGUGCGGUCUCACUGCGCAGGGCAGGGCCUCCUCCAGAGGGGCGGCAUUGUCAUGGCUGCCUGCGGAUAUGCUCUUCGGCGAGCUGAGCUGGGUGCUGCAAAGCGCCAGCAGCCGGAUAAGGAUCCAUCUGCAGGGACACGCGCCUCGCGUAUUGCAGCCGUGGGAUCACUGGGCAGUGCUGCCCGGCCAGACGUCUCUUUUAGGUACAGAGGGGUGGAGUCUUGUAAGAAGAUUGGUGUAAGCUUGAAGUGCCGUGAGCCAUGGGGGAAUAGGGCAUUCUGGACAAACGCCGCUGGGCCGGGUUGGAAGUUGAGCUUUGCAGUUGAGCCAUGGACUAAGGACUUUAGCACGUCGUGUGCAGCGCCAUAUUCUGCUGGAGCCACAGAGCAUCAAUUGUCGCUGGAUGAGAAGAUGGAUAACUCCUCCGUUGCAUCUGAUGGGAAGUCACCAGUUUCUGAAAAAUUGAAGUUGCUAUCUGGUUCAUGUUACUUGCCUCACCCUGCUAAGGAGGCAACUGGUGGUGAGGAUGCACAUUUCAUUAGCAUUGAUGAGCAUGUGAUUGGCGUAGCAGAUGGUGUUGGUGGUUGGGCAGAUCUCGGUGUCGAUGCUGGAUUAUAUGCUAAGGAGCUAAUGAGAAAUUCAUUGAGUGCUAUAAAAGAUGAGCCAGAAGGGACGAUUGAUCCAACCAGAGUUUUGGAAAAGGCUUAUAUGAGCACCAAAGCAAGGGGAUCAUCUACCGCGUGUAUCAUCACUCUUAAAGAUCAGGGUAUCCAUGCUGUAAAUCUUGGGGAUAGUGGCUUCGUAGUAGUCCGAGAUGGCCGCACUGUUCUCAGGUCACCCUCACAGCAGCAUGAUUUCAAUUUUACUUAUCAGCUUGAGAGUGGAGGUGGCAGUGAUCUUCCUAGUUCCGCACAAGUAUUUCACUUUCCGGUUGCCCCGGGUGAUGUUAUUGUUGCUGGCACGGAUGGACUUUUUGACAAUUUAUACAACAAUGAGAUAAGUGGUGUUAUUGUUGAAGCACUCAGGGUUGGACUUGAGCCUCAGAUUGCAGCACAAAAAAUUGCUGCCCUGGCUCGACAACGAGCUACAGACAAAAAUAGGCAGUCACCAUUCGCAUCAGCUGCUCAAGAAGCUGGGUACCGGUACUAUGGUGGGAAGCUUGAUGACAUAACAGUUGUGGUGUCAUAUGUGAAGAGUGCCUGAGCCCCAUGAUCCGAGUCUUUCUUUUAUUAGAAUGUACAUAAAUCUUUGUCCUGAACUGGCGCAUGUAUGCACCGGGGCAUAGAAGUGUAUUCUCAAGGUGUGAAAUCCCCUGAUCCUAGAAGCACUUGUGCUAUGUUUAGUAUGGUUGCCCUUUAGCCCUGGAAUAUGUUAGCAAACCAUUACACCAUUUACUUGUUUGCCACUGUGAGAAAUCUUUUUUUUAUAACUCCCUGAAACCAGGGCGUCGUUUCCCUGGAACCAAAUUUUGUUGUAAACAGUAUCGAUUGUCCAAUGAUAGUUAUAGAAGAAUUGGACUAAAUGGUGAAUCGGUGAUGCUAUUUGAAAGGCUUCUCUU